AUGACCAAUUUGAAUACCCAAGAUGAUCAAAAUAAUAAUAAUAAUAAUGUAAUAUCACCAAUUUUAUUAUUACCAAAAGAAUUAAUUACUUGUAUCUAUAAAACUAUGGAUAUACAAACUUGGAGAAAUGUAAUUCAAACAAAUAGAAUAUUAUAUGUGAUUGGGAACGAAGAUGAUAUUUGGAAAGAAUACUGUAACACUAUAGGUAUCAAGAAUGUAAAUGGAACAAAUUCAUGGAAAGAAGAGUUUAUCGAAAAUGAUUCAACAUUGAUAUCACCAACAUUUCAAUUUAAGUUUAAAAAUAAUUCUUAUGGAUUUCAUUUUGCUUCAAGAAAAAUAGAAUUUAAAAUGGAGAUUUCUAAAAAGGAUCAAUUUAGUAAAAUUAUAAAGAUGGUAUCAAAGAGAAUGGGAUAUUGUAAACAUGAAAAUAUGUAUCAAUGUGAUGAAAGAUGUGAUAGACCUAAAUACUUGACAAUUUCAAGAUUAGGAUGUAUAACUGAUCUUUCAAAAACACCAUCUCAUAUUGGUCUAUUGGAAGAUGAUCUAAUAUUCAUUUCUAAUCAUUGGAUCAUUGAUUAA